AUGUUGAUUAGAAAUGGAAUCGGCUUUAAGUUCUUCAUCGGUGCUGUUGAUAUCACACAGAAGUUAACCUGUGAGCGUGGAUGCCUACAUUGUCCCGGUGGAAUGCAGGCUCCUUCGAUGGGUGGCAGUAUCGUACGAUCAAAAAUUUUCGAUUCUUUCGCAAAUCAAUACGGCACGGAAGAGAGGCUAUUUUCAGCUCUUGCCACAACUGAGGCUUGUCGAAUCAUCACCGCGCCGUCACAGAAGCAAGGCCAGCUUAACCACGUGUUCUUCCCGCGAACCACGGGAAAGGCAUCUACAGCGAUCGGUGGAUCUGAUCACCACCUUCGAUUCCGACGAUUAAUGGUAUCAUACGAGAUGACCAAAGUCAAGCAGUAA